AUACAUGGCCUUCUAGAAGACAAAAGGGAAUCAAAGCUGGAGUUUACCAGGGGUAUCAUGGGCUAGACUCUAGUACAAGUAGUGCAGCUACGUCAUUGCUCGCUGUCCUCCCCAUUUUUAUACGCCACGCGAGAGCUCAGCUCGCCACCCACAACUCCACGAAGCCAACCUCACCUCCCCUUGCCCAAGAGAAGAAACCAACAGACGCCACCGCGCGCGCCAUGGCCGGAGCCGGCGGCGCCACCUACAGGGGCGGCAUCAAGGCCUACUGGAAGCGCCGCGGGUACGGCCGCCUCGACGCCGCCUCCGCGCAGCGCCGCCCGCGCCUCCCCACCGCGGAGCUCGGCAACGGCGGCGGACGAGCCCGAGCGGCGGAGCAGCCGGGGGGGCCCCCGCCGCGGCGCGGGCUCGGGUGGCGCGUGCGCCUGCGCCACCGCGGACUCGGGCGGCGGAUCCUCCGCGCGCUCUCGCCGCGGCGGCUGCUCGCGCGGCUCCGCGACGCGUACGUGGGGGCCAUGCUCCGCCUCGCGUCCUCCGCCGCCAUCGCCGGCGCGGCGCCGUACGGCCCCUCCGGCGCCGACCCCUUCGCGCGGCCGCGGCCGCUCAAGGAGUACGACGAGAAGGCGCUGGUGGAGAUCUACCGGUCCAUCCUCGCCCGCGGCGGCGGGGUCAUCCCCGUCGCCGGCGACGCCACCGCGGUGGUCGCCGUGGCGCGGCUGCCCACGGUGGCGUGACCGCCGCCGUUUUUCCAAAGCUUUGUCACGCUCUUUUUCUUCCUUUCUUUUUAAUUUAUUUUGCGCCCCUUAAAUUCUAUCAUGCAAGACUUGUGAGGCAGAAUUUUCGUACUGGUGUCCUAGUCGUGCCGGUUAACUAGAAUUUUCCUUCAAGUUACACUUCGAUAAAAAUCUCAAAAUCAACUUUAAAUUUAAAGUUGAAAAUUUAAAUUUUAGCUAAUAAGCAUAAACGUAAACGAAACAAUGGGACGAAUGUUGGCACCCAUUUACAACUAAACUGCUCAAAGCUACUACUAAUUAUAAAAUGGAGGUAAUUAGCAGCCGCACCCAUUUACCUUUCAACUCAAUUACGUAAGUCGUCACAUUAUUUUCGUGUGGGCUGUAAAAUAAAAACGUAGACGCUUAAAAUUACGGUGUAUGGUCUGAGGUAUUGAUCUAUGUUGUGGAUCACUGGAUGUGUGCCCAGAUUAUUUAUUUAAAUUCGACGAUUCAUAAGUGAAUUUAGGUGUCUAUUUGCUUUUUAAUAUGAAGUCACCUAAUUGCGCUUGGAUGUUCCCGUUGUUCAUGUUACUCAAAGGAUCAAAAUCAUCCAAACAUUCCUGAAAUUUAUUUUUCAACAUUGCUUUUUAG